CCCGGCAUGAUCCGUACUGUAUCCGCUGCUGCAACCCGUCGAGGAGCGGAGCGCUCCACCGUCCAGACCCCACCUCCCCUGCCCGUCCGGCCGCGGCGCCGCAUUUCUCCCCGUCGGACGGCAGCCACACCCCCUUCUUCUCCCUGACCCCGAUCCAGCAGCACCCACCCACAUUCCCCAUCUUCUCCCCUGUCCAGCAGCCACCGAGCCACUCGUCGCCGUCCGGCAGGCCGCCGCGUCGGCCCACCUCGUCCACAUCUGCCGCUGCGAGACUACCCCCCUCGAGGGGUAGGCCAGCAUUCCCCCGUCCGGCCGCCGCGUCGCAGCUUCUUCCCCCAUUCGGCAGGUGCGGCGCCGCAUCUGCUCCGUACAAGUCCGGCGGCCGCGCCCCUGUCCCCGCGCGCAUUGUCUCCUAGGCAUGGCGAGCGGGCGGCGGCCGUAGUGAUUCCGGAUUUCUCCGUUCGCGUGCAGCGGUGCUGGGGCGGAUGUUGGGGGCGGAUGUGGGGAUUUGGGGAUUUCUCCACUCGCGAGCAGUUGUGCGCCAACUGCUCAUCUCUGAUGGCUGAGGAGAAGGAGGGCCCUGCAGAUGCAGCCGUCGUCGCCAACCCCCUCCACGACGACGACAUCCUCAGGGAGAUCCUGCUCCGCCUCCCGUCGGCGGCAUCCCUUGCCCAAGCCGCGCUCGUCUCCGGCCGCUGGCGCCGCAUCGCCUCCGACUCCAAGUUCCUCUGCCGCUUCCGCGAGCGCCAUCCGUCGUCGCCCCUCGUCGGCCUCUUCGCCUCCGAUGACGGCCGCGGCUGCGCGCCGUGGCCCCAUUUCUACCCAGCCCUCUCCGGCCGGGGUUCCGACCCGGACAUCACCGCCGUCACGCGCAAAGGCGACUUCUUCCUCACCCGCUUCGACGGCGAGCCGAGCCUGCGCCUCCGGGACUGCCGCAAUGGCCUCCUCCUCCUCUCCCUGGAGGAUAGUUCCCUCUGCAUCUACGACCCUGUCUCCAAGCGGCGAGUGGGUAUUCCCCGCCGCCCACAUGAUGGCACGGCGGGCAGCCAAUGCUUGGCGGAUUGCUUGCUCGACGCCGGCCGUGGCACUGGCACGUCCUCCACCGUGCGGCAAUGUGGCCAAAGGAUGAUGCCACAAGCCAUGGAGUCCUUCCGUGUGGUGUCCCUGCAGCAGCAAAGCCAGGAGAUACGAGCCCUUGUGUACGACUCCAACACUCUCGAGUGGCACCACCACCCGUGGGUGAGUCCGCCGACGGACGGCAUAAAAAGGCUGCCGAAAUGGGGCACGACGGCGAUGUACGCAGCCGGCAACGUCUUCUGGAGGUGCGCCCAACAAUCUUUGGUGCUCGUGCUUGAGACGAGCACCAUGGAGUUCUCGUUGCGCCCUCUCCCGCCGGACUUGAGCUUUCAUGUGCCUUCAAGAUACGCCAUCGGAGAGAUCGAGGACGGCAAGGGCUGCCUCGUGUGCCUUACAGGCCUGACUGGCGAGGAAACCCCCACCUUGGAAGUUUGGGUACUCGAUACCAACAUGUGGAAGCUCCACUCAUCAUUGAACAACAAAUUGUGGAAGCUUGACUCAUCGGAAAAAUGGUGGAGGCUCGAGAAGAAAAUCCCUGUGAGCCAACUGCUUGGCGAAUCUGCUCGGGUGCGUCAAGUUCGCAUGGUGAUCAAUGGACUAGCGCUACUUUGCAAGGACGACCAUGACCCUCAGUUUGUGGUCGACUUGCAGAGCAUGGCUCUGCUGGCCAAGUUUCAGUUUCGGGGAUACCCGUACCAGAUGUCAUGGCCGCCUGCUGGGUUGGCCACAACUAAUUCCAGAUCCACGUCUUCUCUGGAAGAUACCAACAUAGACAUUGCACCAGUUUUACCUGAAGGGGAACUGAGCGAGAGCGGAAGCAGAAAGAAGAGUGAUGAAUCGGGUAUGCAUCUAGAAGAAAGCUGCAACCGUGCAGGAUUCAAGCUUAAUGGUGAUGGUGAUCACGAAGUUGGUAAUCUUCGCAAAUACCAUAAGCUUCCAGGGAAUGAUAAAAGGCCAGUAAAAAUAUUUCAAUAUGCAUUCCAGGAAGGCACUCUUCUGCAGUCUGAAAAUGCACGACUUCCAGAGAUGGAAAUGACGGGGUCUACAUCGAGUGAUGAAACGCUGCUGGACAGUAUGCUGAACUUUAAAGAUAAAGAUGGAUCACAUCUCAUCAACGGCAUACAAGCCCCACUCGUAUCAACAGUUCCAGAAGCAAAAAAAGAGGGAAAAGAAGACAGCAAGCACCCCACACAGCACUGCAAAGUGCAAACCAUAACCACUACCAUCAUCCUUCUACCAAACAAACGUAACCUUUUUGCCAAGCAACAUGCCUGGAACACAGCCACAGCUUCUCCGACAGCAGCUGAAGUACACAGCAGCCAGACUCCUCUGAGUUCAGAGCAACAUGGCAUUGGUGAGAAAUCAAGUCAAGAUCUGCAUGGUUGUAAUACUAGGAUUCAGCCAAUGGAAAAGGAUCCGUGUCAUGAUGAACUGACUCUGCAAACGGCUGGUGUUUUCCCUUCUGAAAGCUGUGACGGGGAUAUUCUAGGAGAUAAAUCUGAAACCGACUACCUGCCAAAGAAUACUAGAGAAGAUACUGAAAUGUUGGAGCAACAGAAUAGUGAUAAGGCUAACAUAGAAGUCAGUUGCGUCGACAAAAUGAGUGAAGUGCUCUAUGAUGAUAACAACACCUUGGAGAAGAAUACAAUCUGUGGUGGGAUAGAGUGCCACUUGGCCUUAUUAGACAAUAAAAAUUCAGAAGCUAGGAGUAACGCCAUUUCAUCUCCGAUGCAGAAGAGGCCCUUUGCGUGCCAGUGCCAUGUAGAUGGUUGCACCAUGAGCUAUGACAGUAAGAACAAUUUGGCCAAGCCUUUUAGGGAAGUCCAUAAGCAGAAGAAACGUUUUGCGCGGAGAUUCAGUGGGUGCAGCGAGGAGUUUUCUUCAAAGAAUAAAAGGAAGAUUCAUGAGGGGUCUAGUGCUCACGUUGAGCUUUCCACCAAUAGGAUUAAUUGUGUCAGCACCUCUCCUGCCGGUGGACCAGAAGCCCAUGAAGAGCCCAGGCCCGCACAAGUGGUGGGCCGUCGCACAAGCAACCGACCACGUAAACCGAACAAGCUAGUAAGUGGAGACGACUGGGUCGUUUGAGAAGGACAGUAUAAGAAGCUCACAUUGCCAGGAGGGAAAUCAUCGAAGAUCAAUCAUGGAUCAUAGUUUAUCUAGGCUCUCAACCCUAAUUAACCCCCCCCAAUUCUUGAUUCUUCUAUUCCACACAAUUGUGCUUGUAUCAAGCUUGUAACCUGAAUCCAGCAUAUUUCCUGAACCCUGUCUAGUGAAUUCAGUGAGUGAACUAGAGCCCAGUUAACAAAAUGCCACUUCAAGGACUGCA